GUGCUAAAUAGUUGCUUGAAGUAACAGUCUCAAUGUGGAUAUUGGCAGUAUGUGGGUGGACAGCAGUCGGUGCUGAAACAAGUCCAGGUUCCCAACGCAAUGCUUUUGGAAUGAACCUCAUGUAUACCUUCAUUUUUUAAGUGGCAAUUUAACACCGUAUUAGUGGAAGAUUCUUUGUCUUGGUUUUUGGUUCUAUAUGGAGAGUGCUGCACUCACAACCUGCUGCAAGUCGGAUAGGACUGAAUUUCUAUGCGGGUCAUUAUUUUCGUGGCUGACCACGUCGUAUAAAUGCCCUAAAUGCCUAAAACAGAGAAGACGCUUGGAACUUCCAAUGUGAUGCAUCUGUACAAGAAGAAAAUUACUCGACUAAGAUGGGUAAUAAGCAAACGAUAUUUACUGAUGAACAGCUAGACGCUUACCAGGACUGUACGUACUUCACACGCAAGGAAAUACUUCGGCUACAUGGCAGAUAUCAUGAGCUGGCUCCUCAUCUAGUGCCCAUGGACUACACCAAUGAACCAGACGUGAAGGUUCCUUUAGCCCUCAUAGUCAACAUGCCAGAGUUAAAGGAAAACCCGUUCCGGAACCGGAUAGUGGAGUCGUUCUCCGAGGACGGCAUGGGGAACCUCAGCUUCAACGACUUUGUGGACAUGUUCUCAGUGCUCAGUGAGAUGGCUCCUAGAGAGCUGAAGGCCAUUUAUGCGUUCAAGAUCUACGAUUUCAAUGUGGACAACUUCCUCUGUAAGGAGGACCUGGAGAAGACGCUGAACAGGCUGACGAAGGAGGAGUUGACCCCUGAGGAGGUCGUCCUGGUGUGUGAGAAGUCCAUCGAGGAGUCCGACCUGGACGGAGACAACAAGCUGUCCUUCGCCGACUUUGAGAACAUGAUCUCAAGGGCUCCUGAGUUUUUAAGCACCUUCCAUAUAAGAAUCUGAGGAUCUGAGAGGGCUCCAAUGGAGGAUUCAGAAACUGAUGUGCAGCCGCACCAUCGGGCGCCAUCUUGGCUCUACCUUGAACACUUCCUGACCACAGCCUAGUGCCUGUCUUGACAGCUCUGGAGGGCUCUGGUGUGUUUCCUUGGAAAACGCUAUGAAGAGACAGGCCUGUUUGCAACGCACCCUGAGUCUCUUUGUCUUCAUACUCACUGCUUUUGGUUCCCAAUGAAGCACAUGUUAAUUAACAGAGCAUAACGGAGAUGAAAGUGCAUGAUUCUUUUUUUUCUUGGAGGAGAGAUAAAACAAUGGUAAAAAGGGAAACUGAGACUAACUAGCCAACUGGGUCUAGUUUGGGUUCUCUCUGUUGACGUGAGCGAAUGGAUAUUUAAACAGAGUAGUGAUGGAGAUACUGUUUCCCCUCCCUGUAUAUUUUCUCAAUGUCUGCAGUACACUGGAAAAAUGAAUUGGAUGAUCUCUCCUUUUUUUUCCCAACGACUUGUCAAUGUUCAUUUCUUUCCUGGAUUAAAUAAAGCUCCACAUGUUCUGGAGAGCCUGAAGAGACGAAGAAAGGACAGAGAAAGGAAGAGCGAACGAAAGAAACGAAAAUAAAUAAACAGAGAUAGAAUGAGGGCUAAAAGCACAGCACUGGCAUCAAGGUUACAAAAAGACAGUUUUUUAGAAGCUAUGCAAUCUCCAUGAAGUGCAUGCGUUGGAUCCUGUCCCCUCCCUUACACCCCCCUCUCUUCUGCCCUCUCCCCUCUCACCCUCUCCUCCCCUAACCUGCCCCGCCCCACCAUCCCCUGCCCUCUUCCCUCUCACCCUCUCCU